AUGACCCUGAACCACUCUCCUCUGAAGACCGCCCUGGCGUAUGAGUGCUUCCAGGACCAGGACAACAGCACGCUGGCUUUGCCGUCGGACCAGAAGAUGAAGACAGGCACAUCCGGCAAGCAGCGGGUACAGGAACAGGUGAUGAUGACGGUCAAGCGGCAGAAGCCCAAGUCCUCGCAGUCCUCCAACUUGUCCUACUCCAACCGAGGUUCCAUGUAUGAUGGCUUGGCUGACAAUUACAACUAUGGGACCACCUCUCGGAGUACCUAUUACUCCAGAUUCCAGGCAGGCAAUGGCUCAUGGGGAUAUCCGAUCUACAAUGGGACCCUCAAAAGAGACACAGAUAAUAGACGCUUCAGUUCCUACAGCCAGAUGGAGAACUGGAACCGUCAGUACAACCGAGGCAACUGUAACACCAUUGGCCCAGGCAGUGACAUCUGCUUCACACAGAACAUCAAGACCAGUCGGAGUGAGCCAGACCUGUACUGCGAUCCCCGGGGGACCCUGCGCAAGGGCUAUGGGGGCAAUAAAAGCCAUAAGACCACCCAGAAUCGCUACAGCUUUUAUAGUACCUGCAGUGGUCAAAAGCCUGUUAAGAAGUGCCCUGUGCGCCCACCUUCCUGCACCUCCAAACAGGAUCCUGUCUACGUCCCACCUAUCUCCUGCAAUAAGGACCUCUCCUUUGGCCACUCGAGGGCCAGCUCUAAGAUCUGCAGCGAAGACAUAGAAUGCAGUGGCUUGACUAUCCCCAAGGCUGUGCAGUUCCUGAGCUCUCAAGAUGAGAAGUAUCAGGCUAUUGGAGCCUACUACAUCCAACACACCUGUUUCCAGGAUGAAUCUGCCAAGCAGCAGGUAUACCAGUUGGGAGGAAUUUGCAAACUGGUGGAGCUUCUCCGGAGCCCCAAUCAAAAUGUCCAGCAAGCUGCAGCUGGAGCCCUCCGCAACCUGGUCUUCAGAAGCUCCACUAAUAAGCUUGAGACCAGGAGACAGAAUGGGAUCCCAGAGGCUGUGAACCUCCUGAGAAGGACUGGGAGCACUGAGAUCCAGAAGCAGCUCACUGGGCUGCUCUGGAAUCUGUCUUCCACUGAUGAACUGAAGCAAGAACUCAUUAAUGAAGCCCUUCCUGUUUUGACUGAUCGGGUUAUCAUCCCCUUCUCUGGCUGGUGUGAUGGCAAUAGCAACAUGUCUAGGGACACUGUGGACCCUGAAGUUUUCUUCAAUGCCACUGGCUGUUUGAGGAACCUGAGCUCAGCGGAUGCUGGACGCCAGACCAUGCGUAACUACCCAGGGCUGAUUGAUUCCCUCAUAGCCUAUGUCCAGAACUGUGUGGCAGCGAGUCGCUGUGAUGACAAGUCUGUGGAAAACUGCAUGUGUAUCCUGCAUAAUCUGUCUUACCGACUGGAUGCCGAGGUGCCCACCCGCUAUAGCCAUCUGGAGUAUAACCGCAAUUCCUAUACCGACAAGUCCUCCACAGGCUGCUUCAGCAACAGGAAUGAAAAGAUGAUGAAUAACAACUAUGACCUACCUUUGCCUGAGGAGGAGACCAAACCCAAGGGAAGUAACUGGCUCUACCACUCUGAUGCCAUUCGCACUUACCUGAACCUCAUGGGCAAGAGCAAGAAAGAUGCUACCCUGGAGGCUUGUGCUGGUGCCCUGCAGAACCUCACUGCUAGCAAAGGACUGAUGUCCAGUGGCAUGAGCCAGUUGAUUGGGCUGAAGGAAAAAGGUUUGCCUCACAUUGCCCGCCUUCUCCAAUCAAGCAACUCUGAUGUAGUCAGGUCUGGAGCCUCCCUCCUGAGCAACAUGUCCCGACAUCCUGUGUUGCACAGAGCGAUGGGGAACCAAAUAUUCCCAGAGAUGACCCGUCUCCUCUCCAGCCAGACGGGCAACACCAGCAACUCAGGGGACAUCAUGUCUUCUGCUUGCUACACCAUGAGGAACCUGAUGACUUCAUUGCCCCAGAUGGCAAAGCAGCACUUCACCAGCAGCAUGCUGAACAAUGUGGUCAACAUGUGCCGGAGCGGUUCGCCAAAAGCUGCAGAAGCUGCCCGACUCCUCCUCUCUGACAUGUGGUCAAACAAGGAGCUACAGGGUGUCCUCAGACAGCAAGGUUUCGAUAGGAAUAUGCUGGGAUCCUUAACUGGGACCAAUGUCCUAAGGAACUUCAGCUCUCGGUUCUAA